AUGGUGGGUACUAACAAGAUUCAUUUUCCUAAACCUUAUUAUCCUAUUAUCCCGAAACUUUCCCGUAUAAAGGUUGGAUGGAGAAUUACCGUGCAGUGGUUGGCAGGGAAUUUGGCUUGCAAAUUCUUCCACUUUCUGCGACCCUUGGGACUCUACUUGUCCAGCAACAUCCUCAUUUGCAUCUCCAUCGACAGGUACUUUGCAGUUCUUUAUCCACUAAAAAUGGACGAGGCAAGGCAUCGAGGGAAAGUAAUGCUUUACGUGGCUUGGAUAUGCAGCGUAAUUAGUGCAGUCCCUCAGAGCUUCAUUUUCCACGUUGAUCAGCACAAGAAGUACCCGGGAUAUGUGCAAUGCGUCACUUUCGGAUUCUUCGCCUCGAAUGUGGACGAGAUCAUUUACCAGAUCUUCUGCAUUAUGGGAUUUUACCUAGUGCCCUUGGUGGUCAUCUGCUGGGUCUACACCAGGAUCCUAUGCGAAAUUAGCAACAAAAGUCGGGAAAAUAGCCAAGGUACUUGGUAG